AUGCCUUGUUGUGAUGGUGGAGGUGUAGGUGGUGGUGGUGGUGGUGGUGGUGGUGGAUGGGUCUCAGUUGUGAUGUAUCGAUGUAUGGUAUUUGCAAAUGUUGCCUUUUUGUCUUGUUUUUUGAUUGGUGUUUGGGUAGUUGGAAGCCGGUUCUAUAAAAAGAGGAAAGUUAGUAUGGGGAAUUUAAAGAUGACGAAGAAAGGGGGUGGUUCAAAGAAAGCUGGGAGAACCCCUCCGAAGAAGCAUGUUGUGAAACCUAGUGCAAGUGGUAGUAGGAAGAAAAAGAGGCAGAAGCUGGUGUACCAGGAGGCAAGUGAAGAUCUAGAUGGCGUACAAUGCAGCGAGGAGGAAAGUAGUGAAGAGGAGUCCUCCUCCGAGGAGUCCUCCUCUGAGGAGUGCUCUGCUUCAUCUUCUGCGUCAUCCACGGAAGGGUCAGAAGGUGAUUCCUCGUCUUCAUCUUCUUCGGAGGAGGAGGAAGAGCCAAGAAAGAGAAAGAGGAAGAAGUCCUCGAAGAAGGCCUCGAAGAAGGCCUCAAAAAAGGCCUCGAAGAAGGUUUCGAAGAAAAAGAGCAAGAGUGCCGGGGAGAUUGUCAAGGCACGUAAUCGUGUUGUCUUGACGCAUUUACGAACUUGUGAAAAGGCCCCUAAAAUUAUUUGCCGGGUCGAGUCGUUCGUCAAGUUAAUCAAGAAACUGGAUGAUUCAAGACGGGAAGAAGUAGAGAAAAUGGGUUUCUCGGGGUUGUUGGAAAUGAAGUUGGGGAAGUUGGACAGGAGGUUCUGUUACUGGUUGAUGACCAGGGUAGAUGCUGAGGGGCAUGUAGAGUUUGGGGAUGGGAAUGUGUUCCGGUUUACCCCGCAACAUGUUCAGAGUAUUUUUGGGCUGCCAAUGGGAACGAAGGAUGUUCCUGCACCUGUGGCAAUUGAUUGGAAGGAUCAGCAAAUGGUACGUCCUGCCAUUGAGCUAUUUAAGAUGUACGGUACUGGAGUUGCUGAUCCUUCGAAGGAUAUGGUGUUGUUGGCGAAGGUAGCCAAAGUUGUGGAGGGGGAGAAAGAUUCAGCGGGGGAGGUUAUACCUCUAAGUACCCCUGGUGAGAAGCUAGCAUUUAGGAAUGCGUUCUUGGCUGUGGUAGUGGGCCACUUACUUUGCCCUACAGCCAUGUGCACCAACCUGUCACACAAAUUGAUGGUUGUGGUUUCGUUGGGUGGUGUGGCAGAGGAGUACGAUUGGUGCACGUGGACUUAUAAUAGGCUGAUGGAACGUGUGGAAGUGUUUUUGAAGAGUUUUUACGAUGAUGGUUAUGCUCGUGGAUGCGGUGGCUGUGUUGUGGCCUUAAUGAUUUUUUACCUUGAUCGCUUGGCGGGAACCCCCGUUGAUGUAGAACCUUUACCUAGGUUGAAGGUUUGGGGGAACCUGGAAGUGAAAAAAGCAAUCAAGAGAGACAAGAGAAAAGGAUAUGACUAUGGUAGAUCCAAGUCAAAGAAGGUGGUUUAUGAUGGUGAAGUGAGAAACAGUGUUAGUGGCCUGACAAACAAGGAAGUUGACAGGCGGAUUGAAAUUAUGGAUGAGCCGUUGACCGGCAAGGGCACGGAAACUGAUCCUAGCAGGGCAGAUGUUGGCAAUGCAGGGGGAAACGCUGGUGUUUCCCUCUUAGGAAAUCUAAGUAGAGAUAGUGCCGCUGUACAAGAACUGGCGCAUCAGGUACUUGAGUUGUUCAAACCCGAGUUGGAGCGUAUGAUUGUGAAUGCUGUGUCCGAGAGGGAAUGGUUAGCUAGCGGUAGUGGUAUGGGUGUUGGUGGUGAUGGCAGUGGGUGGGGUGGUAGUUUGGUUGGCACUGGGGGGUUUGCUGGCAGUGGUUGGGCGGUUUAUUGGCAGAGGUGA